CAUUUCUCUCAACGGCUCACAACGGCCCUGAAAUUUUUUUGGAAUAUUUGCUUUUGGAUCUAGCGAAGAAACUUUCAUUUCCAUUUUGUUUGGAAUGUGGUUGGCAUGAGCACCGUUACCAGAGACUGAAGCAUGGAUGUCGAGAGAUCGUCGCUUUGCAAUUGCGUGGUGAAUUUCUUGUUGGAAGAGAAGUACCUUUUGACAGCAUUCGAGCUCUUACAAGAGCUUCUUGAAGAUGGCAGAGACGAUCAGGCCAUUCGCCUCAGAGAAUUCUUUUCAGAUUCAGCUCAAUUCCCUCCCAAUCUCAUCUCUCGCUUCAACUCUCUCCGAGUUGCAGAUCCACAGAGUUUACUGGAAGAGAAAUUAGCGCUCGAAGAGAAAUUAGCAAUUAGUGAUUAUGAACUCCGUUUAGCACAAGAGGACAUUACAAAAUUAAAGACUGAUAUAGACAAGAAGAUUGAUUUACCGAAGAAUAAUUUAAAUGAGUCAGUUGCUGCUGACAAUGUGAAUCAUGAAACUGACUUUCAAUGGAAGAAGAGCGAUGCUUGUUUGUCUGAUUUGGGUCCUUUGAAGGAUAAUGAACGUAGAGAUCUUAAUUUUGCUAUAAAGGAAUAUUUACUUCUAGCAGGAUACCGGCUUACAACAAUGACUUUUUAUGAAGAGGUUACAGACCAAAACUUAGAUGUUUGGGACAACACACCUGCAUGUGUACCAGAUGCCUUACGGCAUUAUUAUUAUCAAUAUCUUUCAUCCACUUCACAGGCUGCUGAGGAGAAAAUUGCUAUACUUCGAGAAAAUGAAUCAUUGCUAAAAGCGAAUGAGAGUUCGAAAAUAGAAAAGGAGAGCUUAUUGAAAAAAAAAGAAGUUUCCAAUGGCCAAAUAAGUGUAUUAACCAAGUCAUUAGAAGUGCUUCAUAAGGAACUUAAGGACAGGGAGAACUUGGUGCAAGAUUUGAGGAAAGCUUUGGAGCACCAACGGAAGGAACUUUAUGAUUGCAGAGCUGAAAUCGCUGCACUCAAAAUGCACAUUGAAGUAUCCCGUUCUUUGCAGAAUUUGGUAGCUACUGAUGUUGAUGUUGUCCAAUCUCAGCCCUUUGAAAAAUACAAAGAAGAGAUAAAAGUUUUGCAGAUGGAAAUUGAAAGACUAAAGGAAAAAAGUACAAAUGCUCCUGACUCUGUAGUUUCUGCAUAUUCCGAGUCUAUGCAGACUGAAGAAAAAGUAGUUGAAGUGGAUGAAAACAAAACUGUAAUCUCUCACCCAGUUAGUUUGGUUAAAAGUGAAGAAGCUCAGUCAUUCGCAACUCGUAGCUUUGAUGAUAACAGUAUUAAACUAACUAAGGAUGUUUUACGAGAGUCAAUGACAAAUCCUUCAUAUGAAAAUAAUGCUUUAGCAAACAUUCAAAGUAUUCCCAAACAGAAUGAUGAGCCACCUCCAGAAGACAGUGGGCUCAAUCUGAAAUCAGGCAGUCUUAGCAGUGAAGCUGACAAAGCGGGUUUAGGAACCAUUCACAUCCUUGCAGAUGCCUUGCCCAAGAUUGUUCCCUAUGUCCUAAUAAACCAUCGAGAGGAGCUUCUUCCUCUGAUAAUGUGUGCGAUUGAGUGCCAUCCAGAUGGCAGCAUGCGAGAUUCCCUAACCCACACACUGUUUAAUUUGAUCAAACGUCCAGAUGAACAGCAGAGAAAAAUUAUUAUGGAUGCUUGUGUUACCCUUGCUAAGAACGUUGGAGAGAUGAGAACAGAAAUGGAAUUGCUUCCACAGUGUUGGGAACAGAUAAACCACAUGUAUGAAGAACGUCGGUUGCUUGUUGCACAAUCAUGUGGACAGCUUGCAGAAUUUGUCCGGCCUGAGAUUCGUGAUUCUCUUAUUUUGUCUAUUGUGCAACAACUAAUAGAAGAUGCAGCGACUGUUGUCCGAGAGGCUGCUGCUCGUAAUCUGGCUAUGCUGCUUCCACUCUUUCGGAAUUUGGACAAAUAUUUCAAGGUGGAGGAUUUGAUGUUCCAAUUGACUGGCGAUCUAUCUGGAGUGGUGGUAGAAACAACACUUAAAGAACUAGUUCCUGCAGUGAUAAAAUGGGGAAACAAAUUGGACCAUAUUUUGACUGUGUUACUUUCUAACAUCUUGAGCUCUGCUCAGCAUUGUCCAGCUCUUUCUGGGGUUGAAGGGUCUAUGGAGUCACAGCUGCGUGUUUUAGGUGAUAGAGACCACUGGAAAAUUGAAGUUCUACUGAGAAUGCUGGUAGAAUUGCUUCCUUUUGUGCGGCAGAAUGCAAUCGAGACGUGCCCAUUUUCGUCUGCUUCAUUGGCACGGGGAGCUUUUCCUAGUACCUUGCUUGAAUUAUAUGCAGGGGGACAUGUUGACUGGCCGGCAUUUGAAUGGAUGCAUGCCAACUGCUUUCCUGAUUUAAUACUGCUGGCCUGCAUGCUACCUCAGAAAGAAGAUAAUUUGAGGAACCGAGUUACUAAGUUUUUGUUGGCUGUGUCUGAACAAUUUGGGGAUUCUUACCUAACGUACUUAAUGCUGCCUGUAUUCUUGGUAGCAGUCGGGGAUAAUGCAGAUUUGACAUAUUUUCCUUUAACCAUUCAUUCAAGAAUCAAAUGUAAGGGAUUCGGUAUUUGUGAUGGUACUAUUUCUGAUCAUGGUAUGUUCUCUAAUCCUUAUUUGAAUGCAGGUCUGAGACCGAAAACUGUUGUGGCUGAGAAACUUGCUACUAUGUGUGUGCUGCCACUUCUCUUGGCUGGUGUUUUAGGUUCUCCCAGCAAACGUGAUCAAUUAGAGGACUACUUGAGAAAGCUGUUAGUUGAAGGCACCAUGAAAGAGAAUCAUUCACUGAAGCACAGUGCUGAGAUUAAUUAUGCUGUCCGCUUCCUCUGCACAUUUGAAGAAUAUCAUGGUGUGGUAUUUAAUAUUUUAUGGGAAAUGGUUGUCAGCUCCAACUCGGAUAUGAAAAUCAAUGCUGCCAAUCUUUUGAAAGUCAUUGUACCGUAUACUGAUGCAAAAGUUGCUUCUACUCAUGUUCUUCCUGCAUUAGUUACUCUUGGGUCUGAGCAAGACCUGGAUGUGAAGUAUGCAAGCAUAGAUGCAUUUGGAGCUGUGGCACAACAUUUCAAAAAUGACACAAUUGUUGAUAAGAUACGAGUUCAAAUGGAUGCCUUUCUUGAAGAUGGAUCCCAGGAGGCAACUGUUGCUGUGGUCCGUGCAUUGGUCGUGGCAGUACCACAAACAACAGAUAGACUCAGAGAUUAUUUGUUGUCCAAGAUUUUCCAUCUUUCAGCAAUGCCAACUUCUUCAACUGAUCUGAUGCAUCGUCGCGAGAGAGCUAAUGCUUUCUGUGAAUCAAUUCGUGCUUUGGAUGCUUCAGAUCUUUCUGUGACUAGUGUCCAGGACUUCCUGUUACCAGCCAUACAAAACCUGUUAAAGGAUCCCGAUGCACUGGACCCGGCACAUAAAGAAGCCCUUGAAAUAAUACUGAAAGAAAGGACUGGUGUAAGUUAUGACACUAUCAGUAAGGCCACGGGUGCUCAUCUUGGGAUUGCAUCAUCUGUUACCAGCUUCUUCGGUGAAGGCGGACUUCUGGGCAAGAAAGAAAUUGCAGGGCUGCUACCACCACCUCUUGAGCCAGUUGAGCCACCAGCCACAAACACUGUGCCAUCUCUUCCGGCCGAGGACACUAGAUUCAGGCGAAUCAUGAGGAGAAGUUUGACAGAUAUGCUAAGGGGCAAAACAAAGACCGCAGAAGACAAGUAAUGUAUUUCUCAUCUCCCAAUUUAUUUAAUUAUUUAAUGAUUUUGUUUGCCAUUUUUCUGGGUUAAAAUGGCAAUUGAGAAAUAUGAUUUUUUUAAAGGUUUCCUCAUGUUUUGAUUCCCUUUCUAAUGUAAGACCAAUAUAUGGUCAAUCCAUUAAAUAAACAUUUUCAGGCCAAACCUAAUAGGUGAAAAUGUAAUUAAUUU